AUGUACGAAGAACCAGACAGAAACACCACCUACACAGACUUCAUCUUAGUUAGUUUCUCUGGACCUCAGGAGUGGAGACAACUGCUCUUCAUCCCUUUUCUGUUCAUGUUCCUAAUUUCACUUGUUGGAAAUUUAUUUCUGAUUUUUAUAAUUCUGUCACAGAGGUCCCUGCACUCUCCCAUGUACCUCCUAAUAUGUGCAAUGGCCUUUGUAGAUCUCACUACACCAAUUUUCUUUGUUCCAAAACUGCUAGUCAGUUUACUGUACAAUCUGAGACACAUCUCUCUGCUGGGCUGUCUGGUACAGAUGUUCUUUAUACAUUUCAUUGGUACCUUCCACUCAACUAUUUUGAUGUGGAUGGCUGUGGAUCGUUACUAUGCAAUCUGUACUCCUCUGCGCUACAAUGACUACAUGGCUUUCUCUGCUUUCCUUAAGUUCAUAAUUGUUCCUUCAGUCAGGAAUGCUGUUCUUAUUUUAAGUAUAGUCAGCCUGGCUGGAUCUCUGUCCUUCUGCCAGCAUGAGAUCGACCACUGUUUCUGUGAGCACAUGGCAUUGGUCACAAUGGCCUGUGGGACCAUACGCAUGAAUAAUAUUGUAGGACUCAUGACUGUUUUCUUUGUCCCGACGGCUGAUUUUCUGUUAAUCGCUGCAUCUUAUUUUAAAAUAUUUCUGUCAGUGUUUAAGUCGGGGAAGUCCAGCCGAAAAGCUCUCAGCACCUGCGUAACUCAUAUCAUCGUCAUAACUGUGAGUUUAAUUUUUACUUUAACUGCAUUUCUUUCCUACAGGAUAAAGAAUGACAUGUCGUCUAACAGUCGCACUGUAAUCAGUAUCAUGUAUUUACUUUUUCCCAGUUGUUUCAACCCGAUCAUUUAUGGUGUCAGAACAAAGGAAAUUAGACAACAAGUAAUGAAAACUCUGAAGUGCGGAAAAGUCGUCCCAUGA